GAUUCGUGGCCUGUACAGCCGUCGCACGGGGAAGAAAGCAAGAAUACGUGGCAAGAGUUGAAGACAUCCAAACAGACUGUGAUGGCGGCGGUCGUUGAUACUGAUGUACAACCAGAGCACAGUAUAGAGAACUUGCUAAAGCCUUCGAAGUAUAGUAAGUUAGAAACUUUACUUCGUGUAACAGCCUAUGUGCAGAGAUUCGUUGACAAUGUAAAACGAAGUUUGAAAGGUGAGGAAAUUUUGAAGGGUCUUCUAACUGCUGAAGAACUAGAGGUGGCCGAGAAAUCCUGGAUUAAGCAUGUGCAAGCUUCCUUAACAAAGCUGCCAAAAUAUAAUAAAAUGAAACGAUCUUUAAGCUUAUUUGUGGACGAUGAGCAACUUAUCCGUUGUCAUGGUCGAAUCGAAAAGUCAAAUCUACCCAACGAAACGAAGUUUCCUAUGUUAUUACCCAGCGAUCAUGAUUUUACUAAUCUCGUAGUUCUGCAUUGUCACACUGAAGUUAUGCAUAAUGGCGUUCGGGAAACUGUAACUCAAGUUAGAUCGAGAUAUUGGACAGAUCGAAAAGUUGUUAACGGGUCGCGAUGGAAAUACUCGAGCAGUCGUGGCGCGUACUAUCGGUAA